UCUUCCUUUCUCCUUUACCCCUUUCUCUUCCUUCAGACUCGGUCUCUUUGUCACAAGAACGCCCAUGCAGUGGCCUCAAACCAUGACGAUUCCGUCACUCCCUCUGACGGUCAAGACGAGAUUCAGAUGCACAAACUUGCACAAGAAACUGAACAAACAGUUUUCUCGGAAAAUUUAUCUUCAAUUUUCUCAUCCAAACGAUCCAACCAGUACUCAUUAUCAUGUCUUCUCCACUUUCACUAGUCUUCUUGUUUUCGAUCUCGUCCAUCCUCUAUGAAUCGUCGUGCUCAGCAGUCGUCAAUCCCGCCAAAGUCGAACAGAUUUCAUGGAAACCCAGAGCUUUUGUCUAUAGAGGUUUUCUUACGGACGAUGAAUGCAAUCAUUUGAUAUCUCUGGCGAAAUCUGAGCUCAAGAGAUCUGCUGUUGCAGAUGAUGUGUCUGGACAGAGCAAGCUCAGCGAGGUCCGAACUAGCUCCGGGACGUUUAUCAAUAAGGCAAAGGAUCCUAUUGUUGCUGGUAUAGAGGACAAGAUUGCAACCUGGACCUUCCUACCUAAAGAAAAUGGGGAAGCCAUACAAGUGUUGAGAUAUGAGCCUGGGCAGAAAUAUGACCCACACUAUGAUUACUUUGUUGACAAGGUUAAUAUUGCUGAGGGUGGGCACCGUAUGGCAACUGUACUUAUGUAUCUAACUGAUGUGAUAAAAGGUGGUGAAACAGCGUUUCCCUCAGCAGAGGAGUCUCCACAUCAUAGAACUUCUGCAUUGGAUGAUGAUUUGUCAGAGUGUGCAAGGAAAGGUAUUGCAGUAAAACCGCGAAAAGGGGAUGCACUUCUUUUCUUCAGUCUCCAUCCUUGUGCUAUUCCGGACACUAGCAGUCUCCAUGGGGGUUGCCCAGUGAUAGAAGGUGAGAAGUGGUCGGCAACAAAGUGGAUUCAUGUAGAUUCUUUUGACACCAUCUUGGAUAUUGGUGGGAGUUGCACAGAUGAGAAUGAGAGUUGUGAAAGAUGGGCUGCUGUGGGGGAAUGCACCAGGAACCCUGAAUAUAUGGUCGGAACUUCAGACCUUCCAGGAUACUGUAGGAAGAGUUGUAAGUUAUGUUGACAUUUAAAUUUAUGUUUUCCACUUACUGUCAUCCUUGUGUUGUAUUGUACCACAGUUUCCCCUCUUUUUCAGUUGUGUUAUUAUUCCCCUCUUGCAAUACUAAGCAUUUUUGGCAGUAAGCAUGUUAGUUCCAGUGCAGAAAUUUUUGACAUGAAAUGCGGAUACACAUAAGGUUCGAUUACAUUGUAUCCAAAACAUUACCUAAACCAUCAUCUAGCUAAAACAGCCAGAACUUGGGAAAUGUGAUAUUAAAAUGUUUUCUCAGCACAUGCAGAGCUUGAGAGUCUAUGCCCUAUUUUCCAUAUCCUCUCUUUUUUGGCCAGUCAUUUUUUUUUCCUUCACUGACCGACCAGAAAAAAUACCUUAAAACACCUGAAUUCGACUAGAAUUAUGUUUAUUCGUUACUUGGUGCAUUGGUUAAAAGUUUGAGCAGAGAAGCAUAAAGGCGUGCACCCCCGUGUUGGCAACAGCGGCAUUGAGUGAAUUUUUGUUGUUUCAUGUGUAAACUUCCUGUUGCAAAAUGAAAAUCAUUCGUUUGGGUUAUAUGCGGUCACAUGAGAAGUUUUACAUUCCAUUGUACAUGCUAAAAAAGGAUCAGAUGGUUGCGAUAUUUUCGAAGAUAAAGAUGGUUUUGUCUCUCAGGUUUUGCUGAGUUGUGACAUUUUAACAGUUGCUACCUGAUCUUUUUGCAGAGGGCAAUCUAUUUUUCUUGUGUUCAAGUGUUUAUUCUGUUAUCCACACUACACAUCUAUAUAUGCACCAUGCAGCCCAUUAAGAAUCGUUUUUCAUAUUAUAAUCCUUGGUUCAAAUUCUGAUUCUAUGCAAGAUUUUUUUUUUUGUAUUUUUUUGGAAGCAUUGCCAUUCUGAGACCUGUUUUCUGAUAUUAGUCAAGAUCACAUACAUACGUACAUACAUACAGACACACACACACACACACACAUAUAUAUAUAUAUAUAGAGAGAGAGAGAGAGAGAGAGCAUUUUCUUUCUUGUAGAGGAGGCUGGAUUGCAUACAUUAGAGAAUCUUGUGGAGUCCUUUUAGUUGAUGAUUUGGCUAGAGACACAUGCAUCCUUGUUGCUGCCUUCCAGUGGUGGUGAAACAGAUUGAUGAAACUAAAUGACAAUUUUCUGAGGGACCACACUCACAUUUCCCAUCAUAUUAAAUCAAAGAAAAGGAAGCACAAGUUUGGCCGAUCCACCUUCAUCUUAUGUAUGUGAUGCUUUUUUCAUAUUUUACUCCAAUGUAUAAACUAUAAUUCUAACCAUGUAAUACCCAUUAAAAUGGUUAAAAGUUUUUUAUUUUUUUAUUUUUUUAUUUUUUUUUUGGAAUUUAAGCAACUGAAUAAUUACAAUGAGGGCUUUAGGCCGAAAUAACCCAAAAGCUUGGACAGCAAGGCCAACAAUUAAGAGAGGGGCUCGAAGCUUUGUCACGUGUGACUACCAGUCAAGUCGAGUUUUUGAUUAUUUGAGAUUGUGCUUGAC